GCAGAGCUGGGAAAAGGGAGGCCGAGGAGGCGGAGGCGGAGGCAGAGCCAGGCGCUGAGACCGAGCAGCAUCGACGGGGGCUGGGCCACGCCGAGGCGACCCGCGCCGGGGAGGACUGGGAGCGACGCGCCCCUGCGCCCCCGCGCCCCCGACAGCCGCCCCUUUGCCUGGCCGGUGGUCGGGCGGGAGGGCAGACCCCGGGUCAGCUUCUGCUCAGCCCCCUGCGAGGGCUGGCCCUCCGGAAGCCUCCUUCAACUGCAGGAGCAGGCUGGCUACCAUGACCGAGAACUCCACGUCCACCCCUGCGGCGAAGCCCAAGCGGGCUAAGGCCUCCAAGAAGUCCACAGACCACCCCAAAUACUCAGACAUGAUCGUGGCUGCCAUCCAGGCGGAGAAGAACCGGGCAGGCUCCUCUCGCCAGUCCAUCCAAAAGUACAUCAAGAGCCACUACAAGGUGGGUGAGAACGCGGACUCCCAGAUCAAGUUGUCCAUCAAGCGCCUGGUGACCACCGGUGUCCUCAAGCAAACCAAAGGGGUCGGUGCCUCGGGGUCCUUCCGGCUGGCCAAGGGUGAUGAGCCCAAGAGAUCGGUGGCUUUCAAGAAGACCAAGAAGGAAGUCAAGAAAGUGGCCACUCCAAAGAAGGCAGCCAAGCCCAAGAAGGCAGCUUCCAAAGCCCCAAGCAAGAAACCCAAAGCCACCCCAGUCAAGAAGGCCAAGAAGAAGCCGGCUGCCACACCCAAGAAAGCCAAAAAGCCCAAGGUUGUCAAAGCCAAGCCGGUCAAGGCAUCGAAGCCCAAGAAGGCCAGACCCGUGAAGCCCAAAGUCAAGUCCAGUGCCAAGAGGGCCGGAAAGAAGUGACAAGCCCGUGCUUGUGGACUUUCCUUCCUCCUGUUUUCUGUAAAUACUUUUCUCUCUAGAACUUACCUGCAACCUUUUGCCCAUUCUCUUCUGACUUUGUAAGGGCCAGAGUUUGGAUUCCUCAGACUGACAUUGUGGAAUAAUUCCUUUUUCCUUAGCCAUUGUGCAAGGACAACAGAUCUCAUCUUUGUGAUGAUGAGGAUGUACUUGUAUUUCGCUUUCUUGAUUUGCUGUUCACCUUCUUAGGGGGUUAGGAAUGGGAGGUUGUGUGUUUUGUUAGGUGGUUUGUUUACUCCGAAGGUAGACACAACUAGCAAAGCAGUUCUGGCUAGAUGAGGGAGCUGAGGUUUGUGGGAAGAUCUCUUAAGGCUUUAAGUUGGGUACCCUUUAUGGGAGUUUUGAAACCUGUGGGGAGUAGAGGGUGGCAUCCUACCUAGCUGGUCAAAGGAGGGGCGUUGGAAAAACCCUCCCUAGGCUGCCCUCAGUGGGGGCUUUGGGGCUGCUUUAGUCUGCACUUGUGCCCCCCUAUUGUCUUGAAGAGAAGGGGGGGAGUCCCAGUAACAGCUGGUUCAAGAAGCCCUAGCUUCUCACAGUGGGGAACUAGCUAUUGGGAAGGGACUUUGUGGUUUCUGCAGUUUCUUGUUAAAUGGGAGUGGAAACUUGGGGAGGGGAGUCAGCCAAGUGCCUCAGUGUGCCCUAUGGAAACUUGGAUUUUUCCACACGAUUGAUGGAUUGUGUCCUAGGGAAGACUUUGGUUUUUUCCUGUGUAAGAUAAUGGUUUUUGCUUGGUCCCGCUUCAGUUCUGGCUGCCACUUAAAAGCCCCCCCAACCUCUUUUGAGUCUUUUCUAAGUGGGAGGGGAGGGGGGAGUGGGAGGGAGUGGACCGUAAGACAUUCUGCAGUUGAUUUGAAUUUGCUACGUAGCUUUAGAGAGCAUGUGUAUAUGUAUAUAUUCGUAUCUAGGAGUAGUACUUAAUGUCUCACAUCGGGAGCUG